AUGGUUUUGGAAGUAGCUGAAUCUUUGUCUAUACGUGUUAAAGAAACAGCAGAGGCUAGAAGGUCAAGAAUUUUGCCAAUUUCAUCAGCUGGGAAUUGUCAGCAGAUUUUGAUCAGGAUCUCUGCCUUUGCUUUGCUUGCCUGCUUGUCUAUGUAUGGCCAAAUAACUCAAGCAUCCCAGAAAAGGGUAGGCUCAGCUUUAUCAAACUCUACAGAAUAUUUGAAUGUCAAAAGAUCCAACUUUCCAAGUGAUUUUGUUUUUGGAGCAUCGACAGCUGCUGCGCAGAUUGAAGGAUCAACGAAAUCUGGAGGGAAAGGGCCGAGUGUUUGGGACCAAUAUGUCUGCUUUUAUAUAUACAAGUUUACUUAUUGUUUGAAUUUGGUUCACCAGCAGCACAAGGGGGACAAAGUGGGAUAUGGUAAUGAGGGAUUUGGCUACAGGGCAUGGGAUCCAGGAUUUCACAAGAAAAAGCCACAGAUGGUGAAAAUGAGCGCAACAGUCUUGUGGGUGGCUUCCAGGUUUAUGGAACCACUGCUGCUAGGACAGUACCCACUAAGCAUGAGAAGAUUGGUGAAGGACAGGCUACCAGUUUUCACGGCAAAAGACAAAGAGCUGGUCAAAGGAUCUUUUGAUUUCAUUGGCAUCAACUACUAUACCUCAAGAUAUGCUAAGCACAUUCCAAUUAAUCCACAAGCUGCACCAGUGAGCUACUUGGUAGAUCAACAUGUCAAUUCCACAGUGGACAAAGAUGGAGUUCUUAUUGGUCCAAAUGCUGGAGGGAGUGCUUUCAUUUACGUUUAUCCCCAAGGGCUGUACAAACUUUUGAAGUUUAUGACGGAACACUACAAUAAAAACCUUACAAUCUACAUUACUGAGAAUGGUUUUACGGAGAAAAAUGACGACAGCAUUCCAAUUCCUCAGGCACUAAACGAUCAAGAUAGAAUUGAAUUUGAUCAGAAACAUUUGCACCAAAUCCGCAGGGCAAUCAACAAUGGCAUGAAUGUCAAAGGAUAUUUCUAUUAUAGUUUAUUUGAUGACUUUGAAUGGUCAGAAGGCUUCACCAUACGCUAUGGACUUUAUUAUGUUGAUUUCAAGAACCUCAAGCGCAUCCCCAAGAAAUCUGCUAAAUGGUACCAUGAUUUUGUACAAGGUGACCAAAAAUAAGUAUGCCAAAGAUCGAGUUUACCAUGGUUAUAGCAAAUUUAUACCAUACAUUCGUCAACAAAAAGAGAGAAGGAAGAAAAAGGACUCAGCUUUCUGGUUGAUAGCAUCCGUAAGCUCCUUGUAUCGGCCUUCCGGUAUAUAUCAUUGUGCUGUAUGUAAUUGUAGAUUAACUUCUGCAAUUUAUGUUGAUGGACAAAGAACUCUGUGUCACAAACUGCUGUCAUUAUUGCUUCUGAGCUCAGUUCGAGCCUAAAAUUUCAUAGAGAUUGUAGACAUGAUAUUGCCUCAUGUUCUUACACUUUCCUUUCUGAGUACCAUUCCAUUA